GAAACCAGCGUCAAGUCAUUACAGGUUCAGCAUCUUUAUGGAGUUCCGAAGCCGCUUGCCGGAGAACGGCCCACCACAACCGGAUUGGCGGUCCGGUACACCCUGCCAAUUCUUUGCCCAGCGCCGCUGCCGUAAAGGCACCAGCUGCCCUUUCUCUCACGUAGAUGGAAACCAACGAUCGAUGGACGUUAUUACAAGUCCUACCACCGCUUGUCCUCCGAGCCAAGCCACGCCACAGGUGGAUUCGCGCUCAAGAAUUCCUUGUCGGUACCAGUUACGAGGCUCUUGUUCGAAAGGCGAGGAGUGUCCAUUUGCACACGACAUCCCUCAGGAUGUGACAGAGACUAUAGUGGAAGUGGAGGAAGGUUCGACGCCUGAGAGCUGGUGCCGGGAGCUCAAUGGCGCCUUGGUCAACUUCGGAGAUGGAGCCGUCGUGACCAAAGUGAGCUUUCGGUCUGACUUCUCCGCUGUCCGUAUCAGUCACCUACCUCAACAUACAACCGCGAGCUCGGUGGUUCAACUUCUUGCCUCGCUCGGCUUUGCCGUAUCGGAAGGCUGUGUUCGCAUUUCCGCGCUGGCGGAUGAUACGGACUGCAGUGCCGAUAUCAGGGUCGAAGACUCUCUGUUCGCCAAGAACUUUUGUGGUCUACCAGCAAUGAAAAGGCACGAUGCCCCGAGAGCGGUUCCGAUUAAUGCCCCGAUGCCCCAGACGACAAACUACCGCCGGGUCGAUUCGAAGAAAGUCUAUUGCUCAUGGCACAAGCCAACCAAGACAGCUUGGCUGAACUUUGGCAACGGAGACAUCGCCGCGAAGGUCGGCUCAAAAUUCUCGGCUGGCAUAUACAAGGUGCUCAAUCAAAGGGUCCAGUGCGAAGGGCCUACUCGCGGCGCAGGCAAUAGGAAUCAAUUAGCUUGGACCAUCAGGCUUUUAGACGUCCCAAAACUCGCCAAGAAAGAGCACGUCACGAGAGAUAUCCCUGCCGGAUUGGCUCCACGCCAUGUCGAGCUGAGUACCGCGACUUACGAUGUUGACCUACCAAUGGCAAACACGUUGAUCGAGUCAUUACUGCUUGAAGCUGGGCCAUUGGAGCGGUGGGAAGGGAGCCCGGAGAUGUCUGGGAAGCGCUUCAAGGCCAAGGCUCGGUUCUUGGACGAUGCGGAUGCGAGGCAGGCGGUCAAGCUGUUCCACAACAAGCCUCUGCCAUUCAACAACCAUGGCAAGCUAACAGUGCAGCUUGUGCACUCCGCAAGGCUUAAGAUCCCAACUCGCGUCUAUGAUGCUGUUGAACAAGAAAUAGCCGAUCAUAAGCAAGCCUGGGCGUCGCAGCAUUUGCUCUACACGGCAUAUCCUCCUACCCAAGGCCUCCGGGUCCUCAAGAUCGAGGGAGAAAUCGGGAGGGACGUCGCCAGCGCCAAGGCCACCUUGGAAAACAUUAUCGGCGGAGAAGUGAUGAUGAAGGACGGGAAAGCUGUGUGGGCGCCUUCCUUCGCCGCUCACGGCCGUGCUUAUCAAAUAAUGAAAAAACUUGAGCGCGAACUCGGCAUUCUUAUCGUCCGCGACAAACGCAGGUCUCAGCUUCGACUCCUAGGCCCUCGGCCGAGAUGCAACGAGGCGCAGUCGGCUCUCAUCGAGCUUGCCAAAGCCGACUCAUCCUCUAUCUUUGUCAUUGAGCUUGACACACAACAAUUCUCCCAGGCCUUUAAGGGGGGUUACCGUGCCGUCGCCGCGGCCAUCGGGGAUGACAAAGUCAUCUUGGACAUUGCAUCCAGUCCCCGGCGCAUUCUCGUGGCUGGAUCCGAGGCCGAUUUUAACGUUGCGCAAAAAAUCCUCCAUGGUGGGGAAGGGAUAUCAAGGGCAAAGUCAGAAACCGGCUCGAUCGGCGACUGCGCUAUCUGCUGGACGGAAGCCGAGAAUCCAGUACAUACGCCAUGCAAGCACGUCUACUGUGCCGGCUGCUUUGAGGACCUGUGUUUUGCUGGCGUCGACUCUGACCCUUGCAUCCGUUGCCAAGGCGACGCUGGCAGAUGCGACGAAGUGCUCCGCCUGACCGAGCUUCAGGCGCAUCUUUCAUCAGCAGCCUUGGAAGACCUUCUUGAGACCGCUUUCAGAAUCCACGUAACCCGCCAUCUGAACGAUCUGCGAUACUGCCCCACCCCAGACUGCGGGCAGAUGUACCGCGCGGCGAACGUAUCGGGGCACAGCGACGACGUAGCUGGGACCGGUCAAAGACCCUUGUUCAUAUGUCCUGCAUGCCUUGUGGCAGUAUGCAGAGUCUGCAAUGUCUCACACGAUGGUCUGACCUGUGCCGAGCAGCGAGACAGUGCAUCCGGCGGUUACGAGGCACUGCGGGCGGCCAAGGAGAAACUCGGCAUCAAGGACUGUCCCAAGUGUGGCAUCAUGAUCGAGAAGACCUUCGGUUGCAAUCAUAUGACCUGCUCGGCUUGUGGAGUCCAUAUCUGUUGGGUGUGCAUGAAGACUUUCCAGGAGGGGGAUCCGGUGUACGAUCAUAUGAACCGCGAGCAUGGUGGAAUCGGUGUGCAAUACUUCCCGGGCUUGGAUUAGGAAACGGGGCCUCGAGAAGGAAACUGGGAUGAGAGAAAAUUCAGCAAGCUGCCGGAGGGAGAAUGAAUUCGGUGCGAGGAGCUGAUUUGUUCCGAGGCACUGUACCUUGUUAGCGACCCUCCUUGGAGACUU